AUUAUUUAAAAAAUAUGGUUGGCCUCAACUUGACAAAAUUUGCUUUGGAGCUUUUGUUUUCUUUUCAAAAACUCAUAAUAAAAUUAAAUUAUGGAGUAAAUUUAUUAUUUUGAAUUUUUGAUUAUUUUUAAAAGAUAAAAUAAAAAAUAAAAAAAUCUAAGGGACUUUUAUGAAGACGGAAAAGACUCGUAGGUUGGGGUCCAAAUACGAUCACCCUAAAAAGUCCAAAUCCAAAGUUCAAACUUUGUUUCCAUCUCCAUCUUCAUCAUCCGAACAAAAAUUUUUUUCCCCAUUUCUCCCUCUUGUUGAAAACCUAAACCCUAAAAAUUCUUCAAAAGAGAAGAAAAGGACGAAAAUUAAUUAGACCGAAUUGCAUUGGUCUAUCGGAGCGGUGAGAUAAGAAAAGAAACGACAUGUCGUGGCUGAGAACGGCGGUGAACAAAGCGGUGGAGGUUGGAAACAAGAAUAACCUCACUCGAAACAUCAAGAACUAUGCCGAUACCGUUGUUCACCAUGCUGGUCAAGCUGUUGCUGAAGGAGCCAAACUCUUUCAAGAUCACAUUGGGUCUCGGAGUCUCAGGAGUGUAAAGCAAACUGUGAAAAGAUUGGAGGAAGCAGUAAUCUCCUGUAGGGGUUCUGAGAGAGUUAUGCUGCUGAGAAGAUGGUUGGUUGCACUCCAAGAAAUUGAGCAGUUAUCCGGAGGUUCAUCAGAAGGGGGUCAAAAGAGCCUUGAGCAAAUUUUUGCUUAUGAAGAAGCAAAGGAGAACCUAAAAAGGCCAUCUAUGGUCUUAUAUUAUGACUCCGAUAUUGGGGGUGCACCGAUGAAUUUUCGAGAGGUUUUUCUUCAAAGCCAGGCUUUGGAGGGCAUAACAAUAUCUAUGAUUAUUGAAGCACCCAAUGAUGAAGAAAUUUCUCUGCUACAGGAGAUGUUUGGGCUCUGCCUCACUGGAGGAAAAGAAGUUCACAAUGCAAUAGUGAGUAGUAUACAGGAUCUAGCUACUGCUUUUUCUGGCUACCAAGAUGAAGUGCUGGUGAAGCGGGAGGAACUGCUUCAAUUUGCCCAAAGUUCGAUAACAGGAUUAAAAAUCAGUGCUGAUCUUGUAAGAAUGGAUAUUGAAGCUUCUGAUCUGAAGAAAAAACUCAAUCAGAUGAGUGCUUCCCAGAAGCUUCCACAAGAAGGUCAUGAUAAUGCCUCUGAAAAGACUACUGAAGUGACUAUUGAGGCUCUGAAAGAAGCACUUGUAGAAAUACGAAUCUUUUCCACAUUGGAAGGAAUUUUGCUGAAAAAGAAGUCUCUAAACAAUGGAGACUCUCCUGAGAUUCAUGCUCAAAAGGUUGAUAAAUUGAAGGUCUUAUCAGAAUCUCUUGCCAACUCCAGUGCGAAAGCCGAGAAACGCAUUGCUGAUCACAGACUUCAGAAGGAGGAGGCCUUAACUGUUCGUGUGGCCAAAGCCAGUGAAGCUGAUGGAAAAGAGAAGGAAAUAGUAGCUGAGAUUUCACAGCUUGAGAAACAAAGAGAUGAGCUUGAAGCAGAGCUGAAAAAGGUUAAUAUCUCGUUGGCUGCUGCUAAUGCGCGUCUACGCAAUGUCACGGAAGAAAGAUAUCAAUUUGAUGAAGCUAACAAUCAGAUCGUUGCCCAUUUGAAAACAAAGGAAGAAGAACUGUCAAAAUCCAUUUCUGCAUGUAGAGUAGAAGCUGAAGUUCUCCAUACAUGGAUUAAUUUCUUGGAAGAUACUUGGCUUCUUCAGUCCUCAUACGCAGAUACAAAGAACAAGCAAGUCAAUGAGGAAUUGGAGCAACAUGAGGAUUAUUUUGUGAACUUGGCCAUUACUCUUCUCUCUGCUUACAAGAAAGAGCUGGGCCCUUCCAUUGACCGUAUUGGUAAAUUUGUGGAGAACCUGAAGAAGUUGAGUGAGAGAUCAGAGAUGGCAUCUAGCCCAAGUAAUGAGUAUAUCAAUGAAUUAAACCCCAGGAAACAUCUUGAGGAGGAAUAUUUGGAUUAUGAAGCCAAGAUUAUAACCACCUUCAGUGUGGUGGAUAACAUGAAAGAACAGUUUUAUGCUAAGCAUGGGGCAAUUUCAAGGAAGGAUGAUCCUAAGGUUAAAGAGCUAUUUGAUGAUGUUGAAAAGUUAAGAACGGAAUUUGAAGCUAUUGAAAGGCCAACUUUAGAAAUGGAGAAUCCAAAGGUUGAUACUCCUGAAGAAAAGCCGGAGGAAACUUUAUCUCCACGCCGAACUCUGGAAUCAACACAACCUAAACUUGAUACAAAGGAGAAUCCUGAAACACAGCCGGUGCUAGACCCUUCAGCAGAACUAGCAAGGCUGGAGUCUGAGUUUGGGAAAGUUAGCCAAGACUACUCGACGGAGGAGAUAGGUGAUUGGGAAUUUGAUGAACUUGAAAGGGAGUUGAGAUCUGGUGAUUUUGCAUCAGGCAAAUAGAUCAGAUAAAUUAGCCUUGUUGAAACUGUAAUCCGCAGUCAAAAAUAUCUGAUAUGUAGGCAAGCACCUGUACUAGUCUGUGUCAUAUCUAUCUGCCAAAAAGCUGCAUUUUAGAAACAAGCUUUUCACUGUAACUUCUGUAACAUUGGAUUGGGUUCCAAUUUGUUGAUUCUUCUGUAAAUACUUUCAACCUGUAAUAUGGAAUUUAUGAAACAAAUGAAUCAGUAUCGGUUGUAGAACCUAUCAGUUUACAGGAUAAUUUAUCAAGCCUUUAGCAACUUACAGGUCUGAUAUGUGAAAGGGGUUGGAUUAAGCUGAUAUGACAGGUUCAGCCCUCUUCCCUAGCAUGUCCACAAAACAUUGCUUCUUUGAUUCAAAGUGGAAUCCAUCACCAGAAAAAAAAUAAGAAAAGAGAAAUGAUUAUAUGUUUUCUGUGAAGGACAAGUCACUUCGGUGAUUUUUGGGUGAAUGGUGAACAACAUGAAAGGAACAUUAGCUGUAUGGAAAAAGGUUUCCUGAUAUAGAAAUUCCAAUUUGUCUUGUCUUUAGAAUAACAACAUUAUUUUGCAAGGGGCCUCCAAUGCUUUCAACACCAGGGUACAGAACCUAGUGGGAUGUGAGUUUUCGAACCCCAAAAUCUCCUUCCAAAAGGCAGGUCCAAAAUGAUUUAGCAAAAAAGUUUUUGCUAGCAACUGUGUCGUCGCUGUUGAAGAGUUUUUCUGCUUUUUCUGGUGCUGGUAGGAUACCCGGCAAUGGUGUCCCUCCGGUCGAGCUUGAACCCCUGAAAUCCUCAUUUUCUGGGUGGUGGGUCAUUCGGACUAAUACAUCUAUGGCUAUCCCUUGAUCAUAUUAUUGGCUCGAUAUUUGACAUGCCUGUCUUCAUUAUCAGUUAUCCCAUGUAUUCACUAUCAAAUUCAAGUUCUAUGGUGACGUUAACAAACCAUGUUACUCUCAUAGUACAGUUCUUGUAACUUUACUUUCAAACUUAUCAUGAAAUCGUUGCGAAAUGGUAUC